AUGUACCAAACCCAAUUGUUCUAUGGCGGUGCAAUUGCCUCGGUGAUUCCCAAAGGCUUUCUCGACGCCUCGCUCCUGCGUGAAGUGCCUGACACUCAAGAAGUGUUUGUGAACAGCAGAAAAGAGACCGAAAUCGACGAGUUCAAAGACGGUCUGGGACUCGAUGAAAGCGUGAUUGUCGAUUUGCUACAACAAGUUGAAGAAACGGACGAUUUAAAAGCAUUACAAGUCCAUUUAAGCGAGAUUUCUGAUCUGAACGGUAGCUCAGAAUGGCAUCUCCUGAAACAUGAAGUCAAAUCAGGACCUAACGCACAGACGGCCAUAGCGGUCGAACCGGCAUACAAAUGGGGCAAGAAAGAGUUGAAAGAAACUCUCGUGGUAUGCAUCGCUCUUUUAAGAUUAAAAGAGUUCGAAACCGACGUUGUAAUUACAGUAAACAUACCACUAAAAGGCGAAAAAGAACUUCGGAAACUUUCCGAUGCUACGCAGUAUGAGAAUGCAUCUAUACCAGCUUCAAUAGAAGGUGGCUACCGACUAAUACAAGCCAUGGUCAGGGAAUUCAAGGUACUUGACAGCUCUUUAUUCGUAUAG